UUUAAUCAAUUUAGUUCAAAUAUAUUUAUACUAAGUGCUCAGUUAAGUUCAGUUUUGUUUCGACUAUCUCGCUGUACAAACGUAAGUAUUAUGAAAUCAGUGACGUGAAAAAAUAUAUUUUUAGUGUAAAAUUUAAUUAAUUGGUGCGAAAUGGAUAGAAAAUAUAGUCGAGGUACGAGUCUUCGUGCAUGUAGAACGAGGAAACGUAAACCUCUAUGUAAUCUGGGUCGUAGGAAGUCGGAUACUAGCUUUGCAAGUGCCUCUGCAGCUAAGCUACACAAGGCAACGACAGAAGAUGUUAUAAUUGGAAAUACAUACGGGUAUUGUAUCUUGGAAUUUUUUUCAGUGUUUACGGCUUUAUCUUCAGUGAUUGUGUGUAGUACAUGCAAGAAAAGUAUAAAUUUUUCGCGAACUGCAGCACGUGGAUUGGGAUUCCAGAUCACAUUGAAGUGUAGUUGUCCAAAUGAACAUUAUAUCAAUUUAUCACCAUCUAUCAAUAAAGCUUUUGAAAUUAAUCGUAGAAUUGUUGCUGUAAUGAGGCUUUUAGGGGUUGGGAGAGAAGGUAUAAAUAUCUUUUGUAGCAUGAUGGAUAUUUGCCACGGGGUGUCAAUAAGUAUGUAUUACCUUUGUAUGGACCAACUGUAUAAGGCAGCAUCUUCAGUAUACGAAUCUGUCAUUUCCAAAGCUGUUGAGGAAGAAAAAGAAUUGAUGCAAAAGCAUGAACCUGAUACUGACUCCACGCAUCUUACUGUGUCAGGUGACGGGACGUGGAAGAAGCGCGGUUUCAACUCACUGUUUGGAGUUACUACUCUAGUGGGAAAAUAUAGUAAAAAGGUUAUUGAUACUGUAGUAAAAUCAAGCUUCUGCCAAGGAUGUAAUUUAUGGAAAGGUAAAAAAAAUUCAGACAUUGAAGCUUAUAAUGAUUGGUACGAAGAGCAUCAAGAUACGUGUACCAUCAAUCAUAAAGGAAGUUCCGGUAAAAUGGAGGUGGACUCGGUCGUUGAAAUGUUUAGUCGUUCGGAGGAUAAACAUGGGGUAAAGCUUGUCAAAUACAUCGGUGACGGUGACUCUAAAACUUUUAAAGGGAUUCUUGAUAUAAACCCAUACGAUGGUGAUCCUGUAGUCAUAAAAAAAGAGUGUGUAGGUCAUGUCCAGAAGAGGAUGGGAUCCCGUUUGCGGAAAGCAAAAAAAAAUAAUACCGGUAUUGGUGGUAAAGGUCCUGGAAAGCUAACUGAUAAAGUUAUAAAUGAGCUAAGUCUCUAUUAUGGUUUAGCCAUUCGAAGAAAUCCAGAGUCCGUAGAAAAUAUGAAAAAUGAGGGUUCAUCGAGUUGGUGUAAGUGGCAGGUCGCUGAAGCUGAAGAAACUUUGGAUGAAUUUCAGCAUAAUAAUCCUCCUUUAACUGAAGCAGUUCAGAAAGUUAUUAAGCCAAUAUACGAAGAUUUGUCUUCAGAAAGCUUGCUGGAAAGAUGCUUGGGCUCAGAAACUCAGAAUAAUAACGAGUCUUUAAAUUCACUCAUCUGGACCUUCGCACCCAAGCAUAUUCAUGCUGGUACCCAUACAAUUGAAAUUGCUAAUUUCAUUGCGGUAUGUAUAUUUAAUGAAGGAUUUUUACCAGUUUUAAGGAUUUUAUCAUUAAUGGGAAUAACAAUUGGGCCAGAAUCUCACGCAUUCGUGAACAAACGUGAUCAAGUCCGAAUUAACAGGUCCGAGGUACGAGCUACUGAGGCUUCCAAGGAAACUAGAACUGCUAAAUCAUCUGAAAGAGCUUCACUAAAUAUGACAUUUGAAUUCGAAGAAGGUACUUUGUACGGAGCAGGGAUAGCUGAUUAAUAACAAGUAAGUAUAAAACGUCAGUAAACGACUCCGACUGCGCGCGAUUAGUCCUCAAACUUUA